AUGACAACGAUCGUUGAGAAGCGCAAUGGCCAGACCAUCUACCGGUCACCAGACCAUAUCGACCUUCCGAAAGUCGAUUUGUUGACAUUCCUGUUCGAUUCCCCGAAUGAGAGGCUACAUGAUGACACAGUUCUUCACGCCGAGGCGGCCGACCCGUCCAAGUCCAUCACCAAGGCGCGUUUGGUAUCUACCCUGAAGCAGCUUGCUCACACCUUGCGACAUCAAUACGGGAUUCAGAACGGAGAUGUCGUGCAGGUUAUCUUCACGGGCCACUUCAUGGCCCCGACCGUCUUCUUCGGCAUCAUGGGCGCCGGAGGCUCAGUCGCCGCGUCUACGCCGUCAUCGUCGCCGCCGGAGGUCGCGCGCCAGAUCAACCUUACCGAGAGCAAGAUGAUCAUUUGCAGCCCCGACCUCAAGGCCCUUGCAGCUGCCGGUGGCACAGCUGCCGGUCUCCCUGAAAACCGCAUUCUGUACAUCGGCGAUACACACGAGUUUAGGCUUUUCGAGGCCAAGACGGACAAGGAAGUCCCGCUUUCGAAGCAAGAACUCGACUGGCCUCGUCCCACGGACCAGGAAACUUUGGAAAAGACCGUGGGCUGCUACAUCUACAGCAGCGGCACGACAGGAGUACCGAAAGCCGUCAAGAUUUCUCACUCAAACAUCAUCGCCCAGACAAUGCUCAUCUCGACACCUACUAUUGAGUACUAUAAGAAGCGACCGGGUAUGAAGUACAUCACGCUUGCCCAUCUGCCAGCAGCACACAUCUCUGGCCUGCAAGCGUACAUCGUGAACCAAACGUUCAUGGGCGGCGUCGUCUACUGGAUGAAGAAAUUCAACUUUCCAGAGUUCCUGGACUACAUGAGAAAGUACAAGGUUACGACCUUCUUCAGUGUGCCACCCAUCUACCUAAUGAUCGCCAAGUCACCGCUUGUGACGGAUCAGUUCGACAAUGUUGAGUUUGCGCUCACGGGAGCUGCUGCGCUGGGAAGAGAAACACAGCUUGAGGCUCAAAAGAAGAUGGGCAAGGGCAAGGGCGUGCUCGGUCAGACGUGGGGUCUCAGCGAGACAACAGGAGGGUUCACUAUUCUCCCUCGGCAUAUGACCGACGACACCGGCAGCGUAUCUCCGAUCGUUGCCAACUGCGAGGCGCGGCUGGUGGACGAGGAAGGCAAGGAUGUCGAGGUCGGAGAAGCGGGUGAGAUGUUGUGUCGAGGACCCAUCGUAACGAAGGGCUACUUCAAGAACGACAAGGCGAACAAGGAGGCGUUCGUCGAUGGAUGGUUUUGCACGGGUGACAGACUUUCCUUUAAGGAUGGAAAGUUCUACUUUGAGCUCAUCAAGUACAAGGGUCUCCAGGUUGCUCCUGCAGAAUUAGAGGCGCUGCUGGUCACCCACCCGAAGAUCCAGGAUGCUGCGGUGAUUGGGGUUGACGGCGAAGGGACAGAAUUACCAAGAGCAUACGUGGUUGCAGACAAGAGCCAAAUUUCCGCAGAAGAGAUCGCAAAGUGGGUGGCCGGACAGGUGGCGAGUUACAAGAAACUUCGGGGCGGAGUCAUCUUCAUCGACGCCAUUCCAAAGAGUCCGUCGGGCAAGAUUCUGCGAAAGGACUUGAGGGCCUUGGUUAAACGUGAAAGCGGUGCCAAGCUGUAA